CUGUUUUAAUCGUUCGUAAUCAACAAUUUUUUUUUCUAGAGAUGAUAAAAAUGCACUCAAAUAUAGAAUUUAGACAUUUCUAAAUAAAUCGAGGGAUUGACAUCUUUUCGUGACUAUUUAUUUAGAUAACCAUAGACAUACAAGUUAGUCAGUCAGUCAGUCGGUAGUUUAACAAUGAACGAAACAAAUGAAAACAUUCAUCAAUAUCCAUUAGAUAUAAAAGUUUUGAAUCCAGAUGAAACGGCCGAGGUAUUUAAAUAUUUCUCUGAAUCGCUUCAAGAUGGGUUUGUGCGUAUCGGCCCCAAGGGAUACUUUUUCACGACCGGGAUUAAUGAAGUGGCACCCUCAAUCUACAAUAUGGAACUUAAACCAGAUGAUACUUGGGUGAUAUCAUUUCCAAAAUCAGGCACGACAUGGAUGCAGGAGUUGGUGUGGUUGGUAGCGAACGACUUCGAUUAUGCUACAGCGGAAGCUGUUCCACUUGUGGCAAGAUUUAAUUUUAUAGAAGGAUCGAUGUUUAGUAGCAAGAAAUCAUUGAGAUAUUAUUCUGAUGAGACACGGGAACAGUUAGCGGCACUAUUCAAACCGCCUGACCAUAUUGCAAAAUUGCCUCGGUUCAUCAAGUCACACCUGCCGCUCUCGUUACUGCCACCCACGCUCCUCGAUACGUGCAAGGUGGUGCACAUAGCGCGUGACCCUAGAGACAUUGCGGUAUCUUAUUACCACCAUGACAAACGGUUAAAGCUAAUGGGUUAUACCGGUGACUUAAAGCAAUAUUGGAAUAUGUUGAUCAAGAAUUUGGUUCUUUUUUCUCCUUUAUUCGAUAACGUGAAAGAAUCAUGGGAGAAAAGAAAUCAUCCGAAUAUGUUAUUUCUGUUUUAUGAGGACGCUUUGAAGGAUUUGCCAUCAACGGUUAAGCGAGUAGCUAAAUUCUUAGGAAAAACGGUGACAGAGGAGCAGAUGAGCCGUCUCUGUGAUCAUCUCGCCUUCGACAACUUCAAGAAAAACAAAUCUGUUAAUAUGGAAAUUUUCAAAAAAUUAAAUUUGAGCUGUAAAGAUGUCUCGCCUUUUAUAAGAAAAGGUGAAAUCAAAUCAUUGAUAUUUAAUAUAUUUUAAUCUAAUACAUAUUCUAUACUUUUAUUACAAAGAGGAAAUAUAUUAUUGGUUGUUUGUUUGCAUUAAAUAGGCUCCGAAACUACCAAAACGAUUUUAAAAAUUCUUUCACCAAUGGGAAGCUACAUCAUACGAAGCCACGCGGGUGACAUAGGCUUUAAUUUAUGCGGCAUAAGUUGCAGGAAAACAGCUAGUCUAAAUAUAUAUACCUCAAAGGUGACUGACUGACAUAAUGAACUGUCAACGCACAGUCAAACCACUGGACGGAUCGGGCAGAAAUUUGGCAUGCAGGUAGACGUUAUGACGUAGGCGUCUGUUAAGAAAGGAUUUUGAUCAAUUCUACCCCCAAGGGGAUAAAAUAGGGGGUGAAAGUUUGUAUGAAACUCUUUAAACUGAUUGAGACUUUGCAUGUAUAAAGCUACUAUGACGUAGGCAUCCCCUAAGAAAGGAUUUUGAUCAAUUCCAUCUCUAAGGGGAUAAAAUAGGGGAUAAAACUUUAUUUCAGGUAUUUUACACGAUAUAAUGAAUAAAUAUUCGUUAGUAAUGCUGCAAAAAGUAACUACCACGCGGACGAAGUCGCGGGCAAAAGCUAGUUAGAAAAUAAAUAAAAGUGAAGUUUACAUUAUUUGCUGUACUUUAUUUCACAAUCUUUUAUUUAAAUUACAAUGAUGCAUGUGAGUAGGCAAGGCUGGUGGAUGGCGUGAGGACUUCGACGAGGAGAUGACGCGGCAGGCGGAGCAGUGGAUGGCAGACAACCUGCGUGAUACCGAUCUGAGAUACCCUACUGUGUAAAUGUGUAAAAUAACUGUGUAAAUGCUGUAAUAAAAUAUAUGACUUAUAUUUAUGCAUGUUUUAUUGACGAGGUUAUUAUUUUUUUAAUGUCUUUUUCUUCUUCGCUUGUUAUUCCCGCUCGGUUGC